GCAGUAUAAAGACAGACGGGACUGCUGCAUCCCACAGUGUGCCAGUGUUCAAAGGAACAGCAUUCAAAGGACUGCAUUUCCUUUCUACCACAAUUCAACUGAACAGCAAUCAACCAAAGACUCGUCUUUGAGUACAGAAAUACAAUAACCCCCGGUGUGUUUCGCAAUUGAACCAGCAGAGCCGGCAUUCAAGCGAAGAAAUAAAAACUUCAAAAAAUGGAUAUUACAGUGAAAAAUGCCGUUCUGAAGAUUUGCAAGGCUGAAGCCGUGAGGAAAGAAACUGAAUUGCUGAUGAAACCUUACGCUAACUGGGAAGAAUACCUGAUGCCCGGCCCACUCUCUAUAGCUAUUUUAGGAGAGCUUGUCUUUAUUUCUUCCAAUACAGAUUUCUCUAUAAAUAAAAAUCCACCAAAGGAUGGGUUCAAGUACAUCAAAUACCCCAAUUCGUUCCGAGCCUCUCUCAUGCAGGUCACCAAUUCAGGGUGGAUCGCCUUCAAUGAGGCCCACAAGAACAUGGACCAAAUCCGACUCCACUCCAACAAUGUACCAAGCUACAUGAAAAUGACAGUGAAGACACUUCUUCAAGACAACAUUCAAAUCGUCCAGGCAUUACUCCCAGAUCAACUUAAAAACAUAAGAACAAUCGCCGAUGAGUGCACGAGGCUUGCAGAGUCAACAGAGAAGAAAUUCACUGAUGUUAUUCUUCUCAUCCAGGAAUUGCUAGAGGCCUGUUUGAACUCAAAGCAGUGUUACGAAGAAGACGUCAAGGAGGUCCAGUUGAAAUUGGAGGAAGCAAAGUUGAAGAAAGAGUCAGCAGAGAAAGCCAAAGCAAUGGCAGAAAUUUAUUUUGGUAAGAUGGACAAGCAACUGGAUGAAGUUCAUAAACAGUUCACAUCAGCAAUGGAGUCCAUGCCCAGUGGCUGGGAAAUGUUUGGCAUGGCCAUGCUGGAAGGAUUGGCAAAUAGCGUGUCUGGUUUUUUGGCAGCAUCUUCACUACCUUCCAAAAUUGUGUCUUUAGUAAAAGAUUUUACUGGACAGAAUCCAGCAGAUUCUAACCCCUUUGCAGCAAACAACGUUUAUUCCAAAUCAGGGCAACUCCUGAUACUGGCAGAGCAGAUCAACAGCUUUGUGGACAAAGACAAGAUCAAAUGGAGUGAAGUCUAUGACCAAAAGACAAGCUCUGCAAAAUCAUCCUGUUUGAAGAAGCAAUUCCAAAACAUUGAAAGUUCACUUAAAAGUGAAGAAAACUGCCAGGCUAAAGAGAAGUCAGUAGACGUUUGUAAGGAUGCCAUGUCUAUCUGUGACCUCUUGACAGAAUUUGCACCCAAAAUAGGCUGUAAACCAGAACAGGAGAAGGAUCUCAUUACCAAGAUCCAGAACCUGAAAGCACAGACUGAGCAGCUCGACUCCGAGAGCAAGGCUUUCACAAAUUCUUCAAGCUUUUCUGCCACUCUGCCACAAAUGGCCCAGAAAACACAAAGUGGAGGCCAUACAAGUGUCACCCGAAUGGUAACUGACAACAUCCUUUUUUAG